AUGCAAUCAUCGUGGAAAAGCAUAAACAUUCCCCUACCAACCAUUCGAGCAACAUCGAUCCAAGCUGCCAUGGCCGCGGUUCUCCCGAUCUGCCUGCUUCUCGUGCUUCUCCUCGCCAUCCCGCUCAUCCUCUUCAAGUCCAGGCGCCCGGCGCCUCAUCGUGGCCCCGGUGGCAGGGCCGUGCGGCUCCCGCCAGGGCCAUGGGCGCUCCCGGUCAUCGGUCACCUGCACCAUCUCGCCGGCGCCCUUCCGCACCGUGCUCUGCGCGACCUCGCGCGGCGCCACGGCCCGCUCAUGAUGCUCCGCCUCGGCGAGCUCGACGCCGUGGUCGCGUCGUCCCCUGACGCCGCGCGCGAGAUCAUGAAGACCCACGACGCUUCCUUCGCGUCCAGGCCUCUGACGUCGAUGCAGCAGAUGGCGUACGGCGACGCCGAGGGCCUCAUCUUCGCGCCCUACGGCGACGCAUGGCGGCAGCUUCGCAAGAUAUGCACUGUCGAGAUCUUCAGCUCCCGCCGCGUCCAGUCCUUCCGCCCCGCCCGCGAGGAGGAGCUCGGUCGCCUCCUCCGCUCCGUCGCGGCGGCUUCUGCCUCGUCUUCGCCGGUGAACCUGAGCGAGCGCAUAUCGGCGUACGUCGCGGAUUCUACGGUGCGCGCCAUCGUCGGCAGCCGGUUCAAGCAGAGGGACACGUACCUGGAGAUGCUGCAAGAGGGACUCAAAAUCGUGCCCGGGAUGACCCUUCCCGACAUUUUCCCCUCCUCGCGUCUCGUGCGGCUCCUUGGCAGCGUCCCCGGCAGGAUACAGCGCCAUAGCCAAGACAUGAAGCUGUUCAUGGACACCAUCAUCCAAGAGCACCAGGAGAACAGCGGCCCCGACUGCGACGGCGACAAAGAAGAAGACUUGCUCGACGUGCUCCUGAGACUCCAAAAGGAAGGGGACUCGCAGUGUCCACUCACCACUGACAACAUCAAGACCGUCAUGCUGGACAUGUUUGGCGCCGGCAGCGAGACGUCGGCGACGACGCUGCAGUGGGCGAUGGCGGAGCUGAUACGGAACCCGCGGGUUAUGCGGAAGGCGCAAGACGAGGUCCGGCAGCAACUCGCCGGGCACGACAAGGUGAGGGAGGCCGACCUGGCAGAUCUGCGAUACCUUGGGUUUGUCAUCAAGGAGACGCUGAGGAUGCACCCGCCGGCGCCAUUGCUGCUGCCGCGUAGGUGCGGGAGCCCGUGUCAGGUUCUGGGCCUGGACGUGCCGGAGGGGGUCAUGGUGAUCGUGAACGCGUGGGCGAUCGGCAUGGACCCGGCGCACUGGGAGGCACCCGAGGAGUUCGCACCGGAGCGGUUCGAGCAGAACGGGAGGGACUUCAAGGGGGCGGACUUCGAGUUCGUGCCGUUCGGCGGCGGGAGGAGGAUAUGCCCCGGCAUGGCUUUCGGGCUGGCGCACGUGGAGCUCGCGCUCGCGGCGCUGCUGUUCCACUUCGACUGGGAGCUGCCAGGCGGGGCGGCGGCCGAGGAUCUGGACAUGACCGAGGAGUUUGGCGUCACGGCACGGCUCCGGUCUGACCUUGUCGUGGUCGCCGUGGCCACGGAGUAA